AUGGAAUCGGACCAAGCUUUGCUUCUAGAUCUAAUAAAAGCAAUAAGACGAGAUGAGAACAAAUAUGUGAUGGAACUGGUGAACCUCAUUCGCGGUGGCACUGAGCUGGAAGAGGUUCGGGAAUAUUUGGACGAUAAAAUCCGACGUUCGCAGCUUGAGCGCACACCGGAGUUGAUAGAAGUCUAUGGCGAAGUCCGUAGACUGGAAAAGGAGUCGCAACGCAAGAGUCUUCUAGAUGUGAAAAGGCUCACUGAUAUCCCGAUUUUUUCUGUUCCAGCGAAGCCCUGGACCACCGUCACUGAUGAUGACAAUUUCGUGUCACAUCUGAUCUCACUAUGGUUCACUUGGGACUGGCUGUUUUCUAGUCCCGUUGAUGCGGACCUUUUUCUGAAGGACAUGGAAUCCGGUAACCUUGAUUCCGAGUUUUGUUCUCCAUUUCUAGUCAAUGCUAUUCUUGCGCAGGCUUGUUUCUAUUCCGACUACCCCGAAACCUACGCGGUCGUUGGCAGCGACUCUAUCAAGGGUCAACACUUCUGGAACGAGGCUAAGAGGAUACUGGACGCUGAGGAGGGACAUGUGAGUUUCACUACCGCCCAGGGAACUGUUGUGAUGUUUGUUUGCGCCUGCACGAUGGGUAAGGACAGACUGGGAUGGGGAUACGCAAUGCAGGCAACGGAUCAGAUUCACACAUUACGAUCAAACCAGACAUGCCUGAGUUCAAAAUCCAGCCUGUCCGCUGGCGAUUUUGCCAAAGCCAUGGAUCGUCUAGAGCUGGGUUCCUUUAUAGUCAUGAGUACUUCAGCUCUAGCGCUACACAAGUCAAACGGAAUUCUGCGGCCAAAGGGACUUCGACUACCCGAACAUGAAUCUAAAAACGAUCAAUGGUCACCUUACCCUAAUGAUGAGAAAAUUCCACGUGCUGACCUUGAGGAGACAGUGCUUGGAUGGUACGAUCGACUUCUCGAGUGGGCAAAAUGUUUACCUGAGUGCAUGAAUGUUGAGAAAACUUCAUUACCUAGUGUGGUGACCCUUCAUAUGUACUAUCAUGCAGUCAUCGUAACGAUAUGGGCACGUCUCAAAGAAGCUCCAAGAGACGCCCAGAGUUCAAGCGUGGAGAGAUCGAAGCGAGCAAGAGAAAUCUGCCUUUCCUCUUCUCACAAAAUUGCCGAACUAGCUAGCAUCCAAAAGUCACGUUGGGGCUUUGAAGAUAUGUCCGGCAACACUAUACAAUGGGUCUGCGUUGCGAUGUUUAUCCUGAUGGAGGACUUUGAGAACCCAGGUAGCCAAUCCGACUUUCUGAUAUUAGCCAAGGCGGCUACAUCCUUUGCCAAAAGGUGGCCACUUCAAAAAGGCAUGUUCCGACUCGUUCAACUCAGCACCCAGAGAACAGUCAAAGAAAUACCUUCAGACAUUCGGCGAUUCUUCAAAGAUUUCGAGUCGAAAUACUGGAAACCCGAAGACGUACAAAAGUUUAGUAGUCGCUACCCUAAUUUUGGUGCUAUCAUCAGGCAGCAGGAUGAUUACAUACCGGAUGAUAUGGAGUUGGAUAAGUUUUUGGAGAAGUGGGAUUCUUUAACCCUUGAUGGGGGUAAAUAG